UUGCUGAAUCAGAUGACACCCCCAUAAAUAUGCUUAGCUUCGUCAAGACUGUCGGCAGAGUUAGAAAGAUGCUUGCUUUUAAUUUUUCUAGUUUUUUUUUUUGAAACAGAGAUUCUGAUUCUGGUUUCUAAUGGUUACUUUAAUUUACCUUUUAAACAGUACAAGAUAUGCCUUCUGGAUUGGCAUUGCAUAUUCUAUCAAGUAUCAAGUGAAACAACCCAAGAAAGAAAUGAAAUUAACUAUGAAAAAUGAGGUUCUGGGUAAAACUCAUGUCUGUACAAACCAGAGAUGUUGCAGUACUGUGGUCAUUAGAAACUUAGAGCUUUAAUGGGGAAUUCUUGAUGCUCAUGAUUCAAUUGGGGGUGCAGUGAGGAUGUUGUCAUUUAAGAAGGAUUUGAUCUGGGUUUGUCCCUUGGUGUUUCUUUAUCUUGGGGUGUUCUCAUUUGGGUCUAGUAAUAAUCUUUCUUCAAGACCGGCUGUUGUCAACAUUGGAGCUCUUUUCACGUAUGACUCUACGAUUGGUAAGGUUGCCAAGAUUGCUAUUGAGGAAGCAGUAAAAGAUGUCAACUCCAAUUUCAGCAUUCUCCAUGGGACCAAACUUGUUGCGAAAUUUCAGAAUACCAAUUGCAGUGGGUUUCUUGGAAUGGUUGAAGCUUUGCAAUUCAUGGAGACUAAUAUCGUUGCCAUUAUAGGCCCACAAUCUUCUGUGGUUGCCCAUAUUGUAUCCCACAUUGCAAAUGAACUCCAAGUACCGCUAUUGUCAUUUGCAGCCACAGACCCAACUCUCUCAGCCCUUCAGUUCCCAUAUUUUAUUAGGACAACACAAAGUGAUUUGUAUCAAAUGACUGCAGUUGCUCAAAUUGUUGAUCAUUAUGGUUGGAGAGAGGUUAUUGCCAUUUUUGUAGAUGAUGAUUAUGGGCGUAAUGGCAUAUCAGCUUUAGAUGAUAAACUUGCUGAAAGGCGCUGUAAAAUUUCCUACAAGUUGGCAAUUCCCCCAGGACCGGCAGCUAAUCGGAGUGCCAUCAUGGAUCUGCUUAUUAAGGUUGCCUCAUUGGAAUCUCGCGUUAUAGUUCUUCAUGUGAAUCCUGAUUCAGGUUUCAUGGUUCUUGCUGUGGCACAGUAUCUUAAAAUGAUGGGUGAUGGUUUUGUAUGGAUAGCUACAGAUUGGCUUUCAUCUGUUUUAGAUUCUGCUUUUCCUCUUCCUUCUGAAAUCAUGGAUACACUGCAAGGAGUUCUUGUUUUGCGGCUACAUACACCAGAUUCAGAUAGAAAGAGGGCCUUCUUUUCUAAGUGGAACAAGCUAACCGGUGGUUCUUUGGGACUGCAUACUUAUGGGCUUCAUGCUUAUGAUUCUGUUUGGCUGUUAGCUCAUGCUAUUGAUGCGUUUUUCAACCAGGGUGGGGUUAUUUCGUUCUCUAAUGAUUCUAGGAUAAAAGCUGUAGAACAAGGUGAUAGUCUUCACCUUGAUGCAAUGAGCAUUUUUGAUGAUGGACCACUCCUGUUGAAGAACAUAUUGCAAAGUAACCUUGUUGGUUUGACAGGUCCCAUUAAGUUUGAUUCAGAAAGGGCUCUUGCUCUUCCAGCAUAUGAUGUUAUUAAUGUGGUUGGAACUGGGUUUCGACGAAUUGGUUACUGGUCCAACUAUUCUGGGUUAUCAACUGUACCUCCUGAGACUCUCUAUUCAAAGCCACCUAAUCGUUCAAGUGCAAAUCAACAGUUAUAUAGUGUUAUCUGGCCAGGGGAGUCAUUAUUGAAGCCCCGUGGUUGGGUUUUCCCAAACAAUGGGAUACAAUUGAGGAUUGGUGUACCUAUUCGGGUCAGUUACCGGGAGUUUGUAACGCCAAUUCAGGGAACUGAUACUUUCAAGGGUCUCUGCAUAGAUGUAUUCAAUGCCGCUGUAAACUUGUUGCCAUAUGCUGUUCCAUACAAGUUUAUCCCUUUUGGAGAUGGUCAUAAAAACCCAAGCUACACAGAUCUUGUGACUUCUAUUACAACGGGGGUCUUUGAUGCUGCAAUUGGCGACAUUGCCAUUGUUACAAAUCGAACAAAGAUGGCGGAUUUUACACAGCCAUAUGCUGCAUCUGGACUUGUUGUAGUGGCCCCCUUUAAAAAAUUGAACUCUGGUGCUUGGACCUUCCUUCGACCAUUUACUGCACACAUGUGGAUAGUCACUGCUGCUUCCUUUUUGGUUAUUGGUAUAGUUGUAUGGAUUUUGGAGCAUAGAAUAAAUGAUGAAUUCAGGGGUCCACCAAAGAAGCAAUUUAUAACCAUCUUGUGGUUUAGCCUCUCAACUCUAUUCUUUGCCCAUAGAGAGAACACUGUGAGCACCCUUGGUCGAGUAGUGCUACUUAUAUGGCUGUUUGUGGUUUUGAUAAUCAACUCUAGUUACACUGCUAGUCUGACAUCAAUCCUCACAGUGCAGCAGCUAUCUUCUCCUAUCAAAGGAAUUGAAAGCUUGAAAAACAGUGGCGAGCCAAUCGGGUAUCAAGUGGGUUCUUUUGCUGAGCAUUAUUUGAGUGAGGAGCUCGGCAUAUCCAAGUCCAGGCUCAUUCCCCUUGCCUCUCCUCUAGCCUAUGCUCAGGCACUUCAGCUUGGUCCUAAAAAGGGAGGUGUUGCUGCCGUGGUUGAUGAACGCCCGUAUGUUGAACUAUUCCUCUCAGCACAUUGCAAAUUUCGGAUUGUAGGUCAAGAGUUCACCAAAGGCGGCUGGGGUUUUGCAUUUCCACGAGACUCUCCUUUAGCUGUUGACAUAUCAACUGCGAUUCUACAAUUAUCGGAGAAUGGUGAUCUGCAACGGAUCCAUGAUAAGUGGUUGGUGCAAACCACUUGCAGUUUUGAGAGCACUGAAAUUGAAUCAGACCAGCUUCAACUCAGAAGCUUUUGGGGCCUCUUUCUCAUAUGUGGAAUUGCUUGCUUCAUUGCUCUCCUUGUAUAUUUUUUGCAAAUUGCGAACAAGUUACACCGUGCUGACCCCCCGCAGAGCGUUUCAACUAGUCCUGGUGUCUCACAAUCUGGGCGAGUCCGGCAAUUUUUAUCAUUAAUUGACAAGAAGGAUGAACAGUCCAGUAGUGGAAGUAAAAAAAGGAAAGUUAUUAGAUCACUAUCCGACAAUGAUAAGGAUGGCAAGUUGGGUUGGCCUCUCAAGAAGAAACAAGCAGAAAUGACUGAUAUGGGUGACAUCAAGUCUAGCAGUUAACUCAUUGGUUGAUCAUCACAAUUGUAUCAUUGCAGGUAAUUAUAAUUUAACCAUACCUAAUUAUGCAGUAGUAGCUGCUAGUGUACUUUGCAUCAUCGAUUCUAUGAACUUUUCCUAGAACCAUAUUGGUUCAUGGAAUUUAUGGAAUUUAGUUGCCAAUGUAAAGCAUAAAUUAUAUAUAUAUACUCCGCCUUAUCUAUUUGCCGUCAUUAUUAAAUAUUUUACAUUCAGAGAAGAAAUUGAAGUUGGUAUAUGAUUC